AUGUCAAGCAACCGUCAACAGCAAACUGGCGGUGGAGCAGGGCCUGUGCCUGGGAGUAGCAGCAGUACCGGUGGCACUACCAAUGCUAACGGUGCCACCAGCGUAACGUUAGGCGGCGACGAUAGUGCGAAUAUGAACAAUUCUCCAAAUGUUGUGCCCUCGCGGACUCUGGCAACAGCUGGCGAGGGGUUGCUCGUGUCUGGAGUGGCUGUACAGUCUCCAAGAAGCUUAGCCCCACUAAGCAGAUCCAGUUCAUCCUCCUCUGGCACCAGCAGAAAACGUCCUCUCCACCAAGCACCACUCUACAAUGGUCUCUUGAAUUCCUACGAAGAUAAAAGCAACGAUUUUGUGUGGUGAGUUUUCCUGCAACAUGCUAAUUUAGCUUGCUAGCUACUUGGCUAAUUUAUUUAGCUUGCUAACUACCGUAACUAGCUUGCUGACUAGGUGUCGUUAAUUACCUGUGUAGCUAGCAAGUUCAACUUUGGAGUGCAUUCUUGUUUACAAUAUCCAUUUGGCAGUUGGUUAGCUAGAGUUCAGAAAUGCAUAACGUUAUCAUUUAACCAGACUCACUGAUACUUCCAUAUCUGAACACUGUCAAAGUAAGGUUAAUGUUGUUGCAUUACAUUUUCUUUUCAGCCCAAUCUGUUUUGAAAUGAUUGAGGAGGCACACAUGACAAAAUGUGGACACAGUUUCUGGUAAGCAAACAUGAUGGCAUUGGCUAGGUGACAGUAACGUUACAUCCAUCUAAUUCCUAUAGCUUUUAGUACCGUUUCAUAUUAGCUUCAGCUAAUUCCUUUAGUAUCGUCCACCAAUGCACCGUUCAUUUUUUUCCUAUGCUGGUUUUCUUGAACUAACAUACCCCAUUCUAUUUCUGGGUUCAGCUACAAGUGCAUUCGCCAGAGUUUAGAGGACAGCAAUAGGUGCCCAAAAUGUAACUACAUCAUUGACAACGUGGAUCAGCUCUAUCCAAACUUUCUUGGUAGGUUUGUCUCUCUUGAUAUAGAUGACGUUUCAAAACAAAUUCUUAGAUAGGUAGAUGGGUGCAUUAAUUAUCUGUGGUGUAGCUAGCUUCUCUACAGCCUUGUCACAGGCUUUGUCCCAAAUAGCAACCUGUUCCCUAUUUAGUGUACUACUUUUGUAUGUGCCCUGGUAAAAAUUAAGCUUUGUUCCUUUCUAAUACAUCACUCCUCCUCAAUAGUAAUACUAACUCUUGUUUUGAUUUGAUACAGUGAAUGAACUUAUUCUCAAACAAAAACAGAGAUCAGAUGAAAAACGUCUGAAGAUGGACCAUCCGGUAAGUGCUCCAGCGAAUCAGGUCUCACACACACGCACUGGAAACCAGACCUGGGUCAAAUAUUACAACAUGAGAACAUAAUGCAGACAACAACAUUAUGGGCUAGUUUUCCGGACACAGAUUAAGCCUAGUCUUGGACUAAAAAGCAAGCUCAAUGGAGAAUCUCCUUUGAAAAAGCUUCUUAGUCCCAGGGAUGCAAACUCGUCACUUUUCGGCUAUAUAUGCUAUUUCAGUCUCAAAAUAGGUCAUCCGGGUGAAUCGUGUAGAUCCGUAAAACAACAUUUUGGAGGGGGGUCUGACAAAAAGUGCACAGACGCAGAGUGUAUCACCGUUUGAGCUAUUAAAGAGAGGUGUGAACAGAUAUUUUCCCUAUGUGAUCACUAGCAUAAAUAAUUGUGUAUGUUUCUCAUAUCGAAAUUAAUGACUGAGCACAGAAUUCAUCGCUAUGCGUCCUACAAAUAGACUAUCAAACAGAGUUCAGUGUGAUGUCAGAUAUGUCAUAUCAGAAUGAGUGCUUCAUCCAAUAUCACGUGUGAUAGCUGUGAGCAGCCAGCUGCAUCCCCUAACUAGCCAUUAGCCUACUCAACUGCUUCUCUCUGUCUGUUCUUUCUGUGCAUCUACAUCCAUUUUAAAAUGUUAUUUAGCUGUGAUGGUGAGCUGGGGUGUACAGACACUGAUGGGGUUUCUGUUACAUUUGUUUAAUUAUUGGGGCGGCUUGCAGCGUGAGCAAAGUGGAUACAGUGGUGGAAAAAAGUAUUUAGUCAGCCACCAAUUGUGCAAGUUCUCCCACUUAAAAAGAUGAGAGAGGCCUGUAAUUUUCAUCAUAGGUACACGUCAACUAUGACAGACAAAAUGAGGAAAAAAAAUCCAGAAAAUCACAUUGUAGGAUUUUUAAUGAAUUUAUUUGCAAAUUAUGGUGGAAAAUAAGUAUUUGGUCAAUAACAAAAGUUUCUCAAUACUUUGUUAUAUACCCUUCGUUGGCAAUGACACAGGUCAAACGUUUUCUGUAAGUCUUCACAAGGUUUUCACACACUGUUGCUGGUAUUUUGGCCCAUUCCUCCAUGCAGAUCUCCUAUAGAGCAGUGAUGUUUUGGGGCUGUCGCUGGGCCACACGGACUUUCAACUCCCUCCAAAGAUUUUCUAUGGGGUUGAGAUCUGGAGACUGGCUAGGCCACUCCAGGACCUUGAAAUGCUUCUUACGAAGCCACUCCUUCGUUGCCCGGGCGGUGUGUUUGGGAUCAUUGUCAUGCUGAAAGACCCAGCCACGUUUCAUCUUCAAUUCCCUUGCUGAUGGAAGGAGGUUUUCACUCAAAAUCUCACGAUACAUGGCCCCAUUCAUUCUUUCCUUUACACGGAUCAGUCGUCCUGGUCCCUUUGCAGAAAAACAGCCCCAAAGCAUGAUGUUUCCACCCCCAUGCUUCACAGUAGGUAUGGUGUUCUUUGGAUGCAACUCAGCAUUCAUUUUUUUAACCAAAAAGUUCUAUUUUGGUUUCAUCUGACCAUAUGACAUUCUCCCAAUCCUCUUCUGGAUCAUCCAAAUGCACUCUAGCAAACUUCAGACGGGCCUGGACAUGUACUGGCUUAAGCAGGGGGACACGUCUGGCACUGCAGGAUUUGAGUCCCUGGCGGUGUAGUGUGUUACUUUGGUCCCAGCUCUCUGCAGGUCAUUCACUAGGUCCCCCCGUGUGGUUCUGGGAUUUUUGCUCACCGUUCUUGUGAUCAUUUUGACCCCACAGGGUGAGAUCUUGCGUGGAGCCCCAGAUCAGGGAGAUUAUCAGUGGCCUUGUAUGUCUUCCAUUUCUUAAUAAUUGCUCCCACAGUUGAUUUCUUCAAACCAAGCUGCUUACCUAUUGCAGAUUCAGUCUUCCCAGCCUGGUGCAGGUCUACAAUUUUGUUUCUGGUGUCCUUUGACAGCUCCUACAAUGUGAUUUUCUGGAUUAUUUUUUCUCAUUUUGUCUGUCAUAGUUGACGUGUACCUAUGAUGAAAAUUACAGGCCUCUCUCAUCUUUUUAAGUGGGAGAACUUGCACAAUUGGUGGCUGACUAAAUACUUUUUUUCCCCACUGUAUGUAUCUUUUCAUUUUGCCCGUAAGAACAAGCAGGCCAGUCUGACUAGGCUUCACUGAGGAAAAACUGAGUGCAGCAGAAAGGAAGAGGCUUCCUAUCUAUUUUUCUGGUGUUCCUUAAAUUCUGUUUGGUGCCUAACUUUUGGGACCAGUGUGUGUGUGAGAGAGAGAGGGAAAGAGUGUGAGUGUGUAGGCCAUGUGUAUAAAGUUGUCUGAAGAGUAGGCUAAAGAUGGUUUCAUAUGGGCCUAGUGCAGGGUUUCCCAAACUCUGUCCUCUGGACCCCAAGGGGUGCACAUUUUGGUUUUUGCCCUAGCACUACACAGCUGAUUCAAAUAAUCAACUAAUCAUCAAGCUUUGAUAAUUUGAAUCAGCUGUGUAGUGUUUGGGCAAAAACCAAAAUGUGCACCCCCUGUGGUCCCGAGGACCGAGUUUGGGAAACGCUGGUCUAGUAUGUUUUCCCCUUACUGCCACAAUGAAAAUGCAGAUCAUUAUGCAUUUAUAUUCCUUACUACAUUCCUCCUGCCCAAUCAUAGGUAGGCUUUUGGAUAUGAGUGAAUCAGCUAUUUUCUGCAGGAGCCUUUUCUAUUAUACAGUAAAAAAAAAAAAAAAGUGUAUCCCAGGACUAGGCGUAGUCUGUGGCCAAGAAACCACCCUUAAAGGUAAUAGUGAAGGAACCCAACAGUUAACUUAAUUGACCAAUGUUUGUACAUAAUUCAUUGUGUAUUUCUCAUGUUUUUAGAAUGGGUCAAGAUGGCAAGUGUUCCAAGACGUCCUUGGCACAGACCAAGAGAACCUAGAUCUUGCUAAUGUCAACUUGAUGCUGGAACUCCUUGUACAGAAAAAGAAACAACUGGAAGCGGUAUGUAUAUUUUGUUUAGGCAAUGCAUAUUUAACCAGCAGAAAAUGAAUGGCGGCGGGUGACUUUACGCUAAUCUAAUGUGAACUUUUAUGCCUUUCCCUAACCCUUAACCUCACUGAAACUAUACCACAUUAACCAUAACAACCCCUUGUCAACCCCUGUACUGUUUUUUCUGCUGGUCAAAUAUACACUUGUUUAUGCUUAACAUAAAAUGAAUCCUAUAAAGUAGGGAUGGGCAUUUGAAAUGAUUUCAGUAUUCAAAUAACAUUACAUAUUUUCAGAUAUCUGGAUAGUUGAAAUGUGUGUUAAGGGAAAAUGUAAAAAAAUAAAAUAAUAAUCUUAAAUGUAGACCUACUCGUGCGACAUGAGAGAGCCGGUGCGCUGGGCUCUGCUUGUUUCAGCAGAGGGGUGAGAGAGGAGCAGGGGCUGGUGUGUGUGACAGUCUAUGUGUGUAGCAUGGAGGGAGAGAGAGAAAAUAGCCAAACCGACUCACACUAGUUAGAAAAACUUGUUGCUGCCAUAGGUUAUCUAUCAUACCAUCUGGUAGUGCCUGUCUUGACUGCAUCAAAUUGUUGUAAAGAAGCUAGCUAGCUACAGUAGCCAGCUAAGUUAGCCAGCUAGCUAGCUAAAGUAACAAGGCUAAUUGAGGCUAUUAUGCUGCGCUACUCAUCCAAUGUCUACAACUCCAUUCAUAUGAAACAACAGCCUACCUGAUGGUUGAUCAUUGUAGCCUACUCCUUCUCAUUUGUGUGUAGGCUACCUCUGCGUCUUUGUUAGGGGCGCACUCAUAAAAACUGUCAUAACUGUUUAAUAAAAAUUCAGAAUGUAAUGGUCUAUCCUUGUAGGCUAUGUAGCAAUGUCACAUACACUACCAUUCAAAAGUUUGGGGUCACUUAGAAAUGUCCUUGUUUUCGAAAGAAAAGCAAUUUUUUUCUUCCAUUUAAAAUAACAGCAAAUUGAUCAGAAAUACAGUGUAGACAUUGCAAGAGGACAAAUACAUUGUCUAGUUUGAGAAACAGACACCUCACAGGUCCUCAACUGGCAGCUUCAUUAAAUAGUACCCGCAAAACACCAGUCUCAAUGUCAACAGUGAAGAGGCGACUCCGGGAUGCUGACCUUCUAGGCAGAGUUGCAAAGAAAAAGCCAUAUCUCAGACUGGCCAAUAAAAAUAAAAGAUUAAAUGGGAAGUCUGAGAUAUGGCUUUUUCAUUGUAACUGCCAAGAAGGUCAGCAUCCCGGAGUCGCCUCUUCACUGUUGACGUUGAGACUGGUGUUUUGAGGGUACUAUUUAAUGAAGCUGCCAGUUGAGGACAUGUGAGGUGUCUGUUUCACAAACUAGACACUAAUGUAUUUGUCCUCUUGCUCGGUUGUGCACCGGGGCCUCCCACUCCUCUUUCUAUUCUGAUUAGAUCCAGUUUGCGCUGUUCUGUGACGGGAGUAGUACACAGCGUUGUACGAGAUCUUCAGUUUCUUGGCAAUUUCUCGCAUGGAAUAUCCUUCAUUUCUCAGAGCAAGAAUAGACUGAGUUUCAGAACAAAGUUAUUUGUUUCUGGCCAUUGCUUCUUUAAUCACCUCAAAAGUUUUCAGCUGUGCUAACAUAAUUGCAAAAUGGUUUUCUAAUGAUCAAUUAGCCUUUUCAAAUGAUAAACUUCGAUUAACAAACACAACGUGCCAUUGGAACACAGGACUGAUGGUUGCUGAAAAUGAGCCUCUGUACGCCUAUGUAGAUAUUCCAUAAAAAAUUAGCAGUUUCCAGCUACAAUAGCCAUUUACAACAUUAACAAUGUCUACACUGUAUUUCUGAUCAAUUUGAUAUUUUAAUGGACAAAAUGUUUUGCUUUUCUUUCGAAAACAAGGACAUUUCUAAGUGACCCCAAACUUUUGAACGGUAGUGUAGAUAAAUGUAUUUAAUUUGAGACAAAGCCUUUAAAAGAAAUGGGCUUUAUAGUCAUACCUUGAUCGAUCGACCAUUAACUCUGCCUGUUUAUUCCCAUAGGAAUCACAAGCUGCUCAACGUCAGAUCUUAAUGGAAUUCCUCAAAGAAGCAAGAAGAAAUAAAAGAGAGGUGUGCCCCAUCUCUGUUUGGUAUUGCAUCUUAAUAUCUUUCCAUAUUUGAUUACAGUAUUAAUCUGUGAGGAAAUAACCAUUUGUUAUUGUGUGACAUUGUGUUUUAUCAUUCAGCAACUGGAGCAGUUGCAGAAGGAGCUAAACUUUUUGGAGGAGGAUAUGAAGCGUGUUGAGGUAAAAUAAUGUACAGUGAGGGAAAAAAGUAUUUGAUCCCCUGCUGAUUUUGUACGUUUGCCCACUGACAAAGAAAUUAUCAGUCUAUAAUUUUAAUGGUAGGUUUAUUUGAACAGUGAGAGACAGAAUAACAACAACAAAAAUCCAGAAAAACGCAUGUAAAAAAUGUAAUAAAUUGAUUUGCAUUUUAAUGAGGGAAAUAAGUAUUUGACCCCCUCUCAAUCAGAAAGAUUUCUGGCUCCCAGGUGUCUUUUAUACAGGUAACGAGCUGAGAUUAGGAGCACACUCUUAAAGGGAGUGCUCCUGAUCUCAGUUUGUUACCUGUAUAAAAGACACCUGUCCACAGAAGCAAUCAAUCAAUCAGAUUCCAAACUCUCCACCAUGGCCAAGACCAACGAGCUCUCCAAGGAUGUCAGGGACUAGAUUGUAGACCUACACAAGUCUGGAAUGGGCUACAAGACCAUCGCCAAGCAGCUUGGUGAGAAGGUGACAACAGUUGGUGCGAUUAUUCGCAAAUGGAAGAAACACAAAAUAACUGUCAAUCUCUCUCGGCCUGGGGCUCCAUGCAAGAUCUCACCUUGUGGAGUUGCAAUGAUCAUGAGAACGGUGAGGAAUCAGCAUAGAACUACACGGGAGGAUCUUGUCAAUGAUCUCAAGGCAGCUGGGACCAUAGUCACCAAGAAAACAAUUGGUAACACACUACGCCGUGAAGGACUGAAAUCCUGCAGCGCCCGCAAGGUCCCCCUGCUCAAGAAAGCACAUAUACAGGCCCGUCUGAAGUUUGCCAAUGAACAUCUGAAUGAUUCAAAGGAGAACUGGGUGAAAGUGUUGUGGUCAGUUGAGACCAAAAUCGAGCUCUUUGGCAUCAACUCAACUCGCCGUGUUUGGAGGAGGAGGAAUGCUGCCUAUGACCCCAAGAACACCAUCCCCACUGUCAAACAUGGAGGUGGAAACAUUAUGCUUUGGGAGUUUUUCUGCUAAGGGGACAGGACAACUUCACCGCAUCAAAGGGACGAUGGACGGGGCCAUGUACCGUCAAAUCUUGGGUGAGAACCUCCUUCCCUCAGCCAGGGCAUUGAAAAUGGGCCGUGGAUGGGUAUUCCAGCAUGACAAUGACGCAAAACACACGGCCAAGGCAACAAAGGAGUGGCUCAAGAAGAAGCACAUUAAGGUCCUGGAGUGGCCUAGCCAGUCUCCAGACCUUAAUCACAUAGAAAAUCUGUGGAGGGAGCUGAAGGUUCGAGUUGCCAAACGUCAGCCUCAACCUUAAUGACUCUGAGAAGAUCUGCAAAGAGGAGUGGGACAGAAUCCCUCCUGAGAUGUGUGCAAACCUGGUGGCCAGCUACAAGAAACGUCUGACCUGUGAUUGCCAACAAGGGUUUUGCCACCAAGUACUAAGUCAUGUUUUCCAGAGGGGUCAUAUUUAUUUCCCUCAUUAAAAUGCAAAUCAAUUUAUAACAUUUUUGACAUGCGUUUUUCUGGAUUUUUUUGUUGUUAUUCUGUCUCUCACUUUUCAAAAAAACCUACCAUUAAAAUUAUACACUGACCAUGUCUUUGUCAGUGGGCAAAUGUACAAAUUCAGCAGGGGAUUAAAUACUUUUUUCCCUCACUGUACAUAGCUAGCUAUCUUAAAAUUUCUGUACUCCUGACAUGGAUUAGAAGUCAGAGGUCUCGUUUCCCAGACACAGAUUAAGCCUAGUUCUGGACUAAAAAGCUUUGUCCAUAAUCUAUGUCCCAGAAACCGCCCCAGAAUUUGAUAAACUUAGUCCUCCACUGUGGUUUUUGGUUUUCAUGUACAGAAAUGCGUGUUUAAGCCUGUCUGUUGAGGAGUUUAAAACAAAAUACAUUGUACAUUUUCUAGGAAAUUAGUGGACUGUACUCAACAGUGAGUGACAUGGAUCGUAACUUGGACAGCACUGUACCCAAUUUCGAGGCUCCCUCACCUGCACCCAGGUAAACCAAAAUUAUGUUCUGUACUUGAAUUAGUCUUGUGUAAGGAACAAAGUAAAUAUCUGACUCAGAAUAUACAUUUGUGAUCUUUCUAUGAAUAUCCUUUGAAAGUUGUGGAAGAGUUGAGCUUUGACAGGAGACAUAUAUAUAUAUAUAUAUAUAUAUAUAGUACCAGUCAAAAGUUUGGACACACCUACUAUUUUUACUAUUUUCUACAUUGUAGAAUAAUAGUGAAGACAUUAAAACUAUGAAAUAACACAUGCAAUCAAAAAAGUGUUAAACAAAUCAAAAUAUAUUUUAUAUUUGAGAUUCUUCAAAUAGCCACCCUUUGCCUUGAUGACAGCUUUGCACACCCUUGGCAUUCUCUCAACCAGCUUCACCUGGAAUGCUUUUCCAACAGUCUUGAAGGAGUUCCCACAUAUGCUGUGCUUUUGGCUUCUUUUCCUUCACUCUACGGUCUGACUCAUCCCAAACCAUCUCAAUUGGGUUGAGGUCGGGGGAUUGUGGAGGCCAGGUCAUCUGAUGCAGCACUCCAUCACUCUCCUUGGUAAAAUAGCCCUUACACAGCCUGGAGGUGUGUUGGGUCAUUGUCCUGUUGAAAAACAAAUGAUAGUCCCACUAAGCCCAAACCAGAUGGGAUGGCGUAUUGCUGCAGAAUGCUGUGGUAGCCAUGCUGGUUAAGUGUGCCUUGAAUUCUAAAUAAAUCACAGACAGUGUCACCAGCAAAACACUCCCACACCAUAACACCGCCUCCUCCAUGCUUUACGGUGGGAAAUACACAUGCUGAAAUCAUCCGCUCACCCACACCGUGUCUCACAAAGACACAGCGGUUGGAACCAAAAAUCUCCAAUUUGGACUCCAGACCAAAGGACACAUUUCCACCAGUCUAAUGUCCAUUGCUCAUGUUUCUUGGCCCAAGCAAGUCUCUUCUUAUUACUGUUGUCCUUUAGUAGUGGUUUCUUUGCAGCAAUUCGACCAUGAAGGCCUGAUUCACACAGUCUCCUCUGAACAGUUGAUGUUGAGAUGUGUCUGUUACUUGAACUCUGUGAAGCAUUUAUUUGGGCUGCAAUUUCUGAGGCUGGUAACUCUAAUGAACUUAUCCUCUGCAGCAGAGGUAACUCUGGGUGUUCCUUUCCUGUGGCGGUCCUCAUGAGAGCCAGUAUCAUCAUAGUGCUUGAUGGUUUUUGCGACUGCACUUGAAGAAAAUUUAAAAGUUCUUUAACUUUUCCAUAUUGACUGACCUUCAUGUGUUAAAGUAAUGAUGGACUGUUGUUUCUCUUUGUUUAUUUGAGCUGUUCUUGCCAUAAGAUGGACUUGGUAUUUUACCAAAUAGGGCUAUCUUCUGUAUUCCCCCCCCCCCCUAGUAACAACAAAACUGAUUCAAUCAAACGCAUUAAGAAGGAAAGACAUUCCACAAAUUAACUUUUAAUAAGGCACACCUGUUAAUUGAAAAACAUUCCAGGUGACUACCUCAUGAAGCUCGUUGAGAGAAUUCCAAGAGUGUGCAAAGCUGUCAUCAAGGUAAAGGGUGGCUAUUUGAAGAAUCUCAAAUAUAAAAUAUAUUUUGAUUUGUUUAACACUUUCUUUGUUUACUACAUCAUUCCAUAUGUGUUAUUUCAUAGUUUUGAUGUCUUCACUAUUAUUCUACAAUGUAGAAAAUAGUACAAAUGAAAACCCUGAAAUGAGUAGGUGUGUCCAAAACCUUUGACUGGUACUGUGUGUGUGUGUAUGUAUGUAUGUAUGUGUGUGUGUGUGUGUGUGUGUGUGUGUAUAUAUAUAUAUAUAUAUAUAUAUAUAUACACACACACACACACACACACACACACACACAGUGGGGGGAAAAAUAUUUAGUCAGCCAUCAAUUGUGCAAGUUCUCCCACUUAAAAAGAUGAGAGAGGCCUGUAAUUUUCAUCAUAGGUACACGUCAACUAUGACAGACAAAUUGAGAGAAAAAAAUCCAGAAAAUCACAUUGUAGGAUUUUUUAUGAAUUUAUUUGCAAAUUAUGGUGGAAAAUAAUUUUGGUCACCUACAAACAAGCAAGAUUUCUGGCUCUCACAGACCUGUAACUUCUUCUUUAAGAGGCUCCUCUGUCCUCCACUCGUUACCUGUAUUAAUGGCACCUGUUUGAACUUGUUAUCAGUAUAAAAGACACCUGUCCACAACCUCAAACAGUCACACUCCAAACUCCACUAUGGUCAAGACCAAAGAGCUGUCAAAGGACACCAGAAACAAAAUUGUAGACCUGCACCAGGCUGGGAAGACUGAAUCUGCAAUAGGUAAGCAGCUUGGUUUGAUGAAAUCAACUGUGGGAGCAAUUAUUAGGAAAUGAAAGACAUACAAGACCACUGAUAAUCUCCCUCGAUCUGGGGCUCCACGCAAGAUCUCACCCCGUGGGGUCAAAUUGAUCACAAGAACGGUGAGCAAAAAUCUCAGAACCACACAGGGGGACCUAGUGAAUGACCUGCAGAGAGCUGGGACCAAAGUAACAAAGCCUACCAUCAGUAACACACUACGCCGCCAGGGACUCAAAUCCUGCAGUGCCAGACGUGUCCCCCUGCUUAAGCCAGUACAUGUCCAGGCCCGUCUGAAGUGCAUUUGGAUGAUCCAGAAGAGGAUUGGGAGAAUGUCAUAUGGUCAGAUGAAACCAAAAUAUAACUUUUUGGUUAAAUCUCAACUCGUCAUGUUUGUAGGACAAAGAUUGCUGAGUUGCAUCCAAAGAACACCAUACCUACUGUGAAGCAUGGGGGUGGAAACAUCAUACUUUGGGGCUGUUUUUCUGCAAAGGGACCAGGACGACUGAUCCGUGUAAAGGAAAGAAUUAAUGGGGUCAUGUAUCGUGAGAUUUUGAGUGAAAACCUCCUUCCAUCAGCAAGGGCAUUGAAGAUGAAACGUGGCUGGGUCUUUCAGCAUGACAAUGAUCCCAAACACACCGCCCGGGCAACGAAGAAGUGGCUUCGUAAGAAGCAUUUCAAGGUCCUGGAGUGGCUUAGCCAGUCUCCAGAUCUCAACCCCAUAGAAAAUCUUUGGAGGGAGUUGAAAGUCCGUGUUGCCCAGCGACAGCCCCAAAACAUCACUGCUCUAGAGGAGAUCUGCAUGGAGGCCAAAAUACCAGCAACAGUGUGUGAAAACCUUGUGAAGACUUACAGAAAACGUUUGCCUGUGUCAUUGCCAACAAAGGGUAUAUAACAAAGUAUUGAGAAACUUUUGUUAUUGACCAAAUACUUAUUUUCCACCAUCAUUUGCAAAUAAAUUCAUAAAAAAUCCUACAAUGUGAUUUUCUGGAAUAAUUUUUCUCAUUUUGUCUGUCAUAGUUGACGUGUACCUAUGAUGAAAAUUACAGGCCUCUCUCAUCUUUUUAAGUGGGAGAACUUGCACAAUUGGUGGCUGACUAAAUACUUUUUUCCCCACUGUGUGUAUCUUUUCAUUUUGCCCCCGCACAUUGACUCAGUACCGGUACGCCCUGUAUGUAUAUGUAUAUAUACAGUGGGGAGAACAAGUAUUUGAUACACUGCCGUUUUUGCAGGAUUUCCUAUUUACAAAGCAUGUAGAGGUCUGUAAUUUUUAUCAUAGGUACACAUCAACUGUGAGAGACGGAAUCUAAAACAAAAAUCCAGAAAAUCACAUUGUAUGAUUUUUAAGUAAUUCAUUUGCAUUUUAUUGCAUGACAUAAGUAUUUGAUACAUCAGAAAAGCAGAACUUAAUAUUUGGUACAGAAGCCUUUGUUUGCAAUUACAGAGAUCAUACGUUUCCUGUAGGUCUUGACCAGGUUUGCACACACUGCAGCAGGGAUUUUGGCCCACUCCUCCAUACAGACCUUCUCCAGAUCCUUCAGGUUUCGGGGCUGUCGCUGGGCAAUACGGACUUUCAGCUCCCUCCAAAGAUGUUCUAUUGGGUUCAGGUCUGGAGACUGGCUAGGCCACUCCAGGACCUUGAGAUGCUUCUUACGGAGCCACUCCUUAGUUGCCCUGGCUGUGUGUUUCGGGUCGUUGUCAUGCUGGAAGACCCAGCCACGACCCAUCUUCAAUGCUCUUACUGAGGGAAGGAGGUUGUUGGCCAAGAUCUCGCGAUACAUGGCCCCAUCCAUCCUCCCCUCAAUACUGUGCAGUCGUCCUGUCCCCUUUGCAGAAAAGCAUCCCCAAAGAAUGAUGUUUCCACCUCCAUGCUUCACGGUUGGGAUGGUGUUCUUGGGGUUGUACUCAUCCUUCUUCUUCCUCCGAACACGGCAAGUGGAGUUUAGACAAAAAAGCUCUAUUUUUGUCUCAUCAGACCACAUGACCUUCUCCCAUUCCUCCUCUGGAUCAUCCAGAUGGUCAUCGGCAAACUUCAGACGGCCCUGGACAUGCGCUGGCUUGAGCAGGGGGACCUUGUGUGCGCUGCAGGAUUUUAAUCCAUGACGGCAUAGUGUGUUACUAAUGGUUUUCUUUGAGACUGUGGUCCCAGCUCUCUUCAGGUCAUUGACCAGGUCCUGCCGUGUAGUUCUGGGCUGAUCCCUCACCUUCCUCAUGAUCAUUGAUGCCCCACGAGGUGAGAUCUUGCAUGGAGCCCCAGACUGAGGGUGAUUGACCAUCAUCUUGAACUUCUUCCAUUUUCUAAUAAUUGCGCCAACAGUUGUUGCCUUCUCACCUGCUGCUUGCCUAUUGUCCUGUAGCCCAUCCCAGCCUUGUGUAGGUCUACAAUGUUAUCCCUGAUGUCCUUACACAGCUCUCUGGUCUUGGCCAUUGUGGAGUUGUUGGAGUCUGUUUGAUUGAGUGUGUGGACAGGUGUCUUUUAUACAGGUAGCGAGUUCAAACAGGUGCAGUUAAUACAGGUAAUGAGUGGAGAACAGGAGGGCUUCUUAAAGAAAAACUAACAGGUCUGUGAGAGCCGGAAUUCUUACUGGUUGGUAGGUGAUCAAAUACGUAUGUCAUGCAAUAAAAUGCAAAUUAAUUACUUAAAAAUCAUACAAUGUGAUUUUCUGGAUUUUUGUUUUAGAUUCUGUCUCUCACAGUUGAAGUGUACCUAUGAUAAAAAUUACAGACCUCUACAUGCUUUGUAAGUAGGAAAACCUGCAAAAUCGGCAGUGUAUCAAAUACUUGUUCUCCCCACUGUAUGUGUGUGUAUAUAUAUAUAUAUAUAUAUAUAUAUAAACUCAGCAAAAAAAGAAACAUCCCAUUUUCAGGACCCUGUCUUUCAAAGAUAAUUUGUAAAAAUCCAAAUAAGUUCACAGAUCUUCAUUGUAAAGGGUUUAAACACCGUUUCCCAUGCUUGAUCAAUGAACCAUAAACAAUUAUUGAACAUGCACCUGUGGAACGGUCGUUAAGACACUAACAGCUUACAGACGGUAGGCAAUUAAGGUCACAGUUAUGAAAACUUGGGACACCUAAAGAGGCUUUUCUACUGACACCAAAAGAAAGAUGCCCAGGGUCCCUGCUCAUCUGCGUGAAUGUGGCUUAGGCACGCUGCAAGGAGGCAUGAGGACUGCAGAUGUGGCCAGGGCAAUAAAUUGCAAUGUCCGUACUGUGAGACGCCUAAGACAGCGCUACAGGGAGACAGGACGAACAGCUGAUCGUCCUUGCCGUGGCAGACCACGUGUAACAAUACUUGGACAGGAUCGGUACAUCUGAACAUCACACCUGCGGGACAGGUACAGGAUGGCAACAACAACUGCCCGAGUUACACCAGGAACGUACAAUCCUUCCAUCAGUGCUCAGACUGUCCGCAAAAGGCUGAGAGAGGCUGGACUGAGGGCUUGUAGGCCUGUUGUAAGGCAGGUCCUCACCAGACAUCACCGGCAACAACGUCGCCUAUGGGCAUAAACCCACCGUCGCUGGACCAGACAAGACUGGCAAAAAGUGCUCUUCACUGACGAGUCACGUCAGUUUUGUCUCACCAGGGGUGAUGGUCGGAUUUGCGUUUAUUGUCGAAGGAAUGAGCAUUACACCGAGGCCUGUACUCUGGAUCGAGGUGAAGGGUCCGUCAUGGUCUGGGGCUGUGUGUCACAGCAUCAUCGGACUGAGCUUGUUGUCAUUGCAGGCAAUCUCAACGCUGUGCGUUACAGGGAAGACAUCCUCCUCCCUCAUGUGGUACCCUUCCUGCAGGUUCAUCCUGACAUGACCCUCCAGCAUGAUAAUGCCACCAGCCAUACUGCUCGUUCUGUGCGUGAUUUCAUGCAAGACAGGAAUGUCAGUGUUCUGCCAUGGCCAGCGAAGAGCCCGGAUCUCAAUCCCAUUGAGCAUGUCUGGGACCUGUUGGAUCGGAGGGUGAGGGCUAGGGCCAUUCCCCCCAGAAAUGUCUGGGAACUUGCAGGUGCCUUAAUGGAAGAGUGGGGUAACAUCUCACAGCAAGAACUGGCAAAUCUGGGGCAGGCCAUGAGGAGGAGAUGCACUGCAGUACUUAAUGCAGCUGGUGGCCACACCAGAUACUGACUGUUACUUUAGAUUUUGACUCCCCCUUUGUUCAAGGACACAUUAUUCAAUUUCUGUUAGUCACAUGUCUGUGGAACUUGUUCAGAUUAUGUCUUAGUUGUUGAAUCUUGUUUUGUUCAUACAAAUAUUUUCACAUGUUAAGUUUGCUGAAAAUAUACGCAGUUGACAGUGAGAGGAAGUUUCUUUUUUUUUGCUGAGUUUUUACACACACACAUACGGCAACUAAGUCUUGUCUUUGCAGUAGUCUUAUAGAUUCGACAGAGUACGUGAGUCAACCUCCAGGUUUUGGUGGAACUUCACAGGUAAGUCUGACCCACUGUAGUUUUCUGAUAGGCAUACGCUGCAUCCCAAUUAUCCACCCUUCUAGUCAUGAAUGUAAAUGCAUAGGAUUGGUGUAAGCAUUGGCUGGGGUGUGUUUUCACCAUUUGUUAAAUCCAUGCGAGAAAGUGUGCAAGUUUACACUGGGAGAAGGGUGGAGAAUCGGAACGCAGCCAUAGAGAACCAUUGAUGUUGGUGUUUCAGGUUCACGAUCUCCAAAUGUGUUUAGUGUCUCAUGUCUGUGAUUUUAAAUGUUCUAUUUCACCAUCAGGGGAAGAGGCAAACAUGGUACAACAGCACUCUGGCUUCUCGGAGAAAGAGGCUCACAGCGCACUUUGAAGAUCUGGAGCAAUGCUACUUCUCUGACCGGAUGACACGGAUAACAGGUACCCUCUAGGUUUCAGUAAAAUGUGGAUUAUACAGCGCUACUAAAAGGGCUUCUCUGGAAUGAGGUCCAUAUCUGGGUAAAGUCAUGUCCUUGUAUUCCAAAAGAAGAAGGUUGACUGCAUCUCCCACAAACGACCACAACAACAACCCUCUAGGUUUAACUUAUAGUUGACUAAACUACAUUAUCUUGCAGAACAUAUUUUAGGCUUGAGGACAAAUCCCAUAAUAAACAACUAAAACAUUAUUCAUUUUCUAAUGGUGUUCUGGAUUUGAUAUUUAUUGUUUGUCUUGUUUUAGAUGACACCAGGAACUUAAAUCAACUGGAUGAUUUCAUGGAGUGUCUCUCAAAGUUCACACGCUUCAACUCUGUGCGGCCGUUGGCGACUCUGUCUUAUGCUAGUGAUCUCUACAACGGCUCCAGUAUUGUCUCUAGGUAAUGUCAACCCACAACUGUCAAACACAAAACCUUUGAUGGCUUAGCUAAUUAGUUACUGUCAUAGGGCCAUUUUCCCAGACCUUGAUCAAGCCUAGUCCUGGACUAAAAAUAUAUUUCAGUGUAGAUACUCCUUUGGCUUUCUUUUUAGUCCAAGACUAGGUUUAAUUUGAAUGGAAACCGGCCCAUUGCGUCCACCAGCUUUGUCAUUCUACUUGUUAGAUUUAGCUCCAUCCUAAUGGUUAGUUUACACUUUGACCUGCAGAGGGCGAUCCUGUAUCACAAUACAUCUUUAAUUUGCCACUGGAGUGUAGCAGAAGGCACUACAAUGUCUGUUGCUACCUCUAUCUCUUAUCUACCUCUAUCUCUAUGGAAAAAAUACAAUCUAAUGGGAGACAAGGUGUGUUUCCCAUUUGGCGCCCCAUUCCCUAUAUAGUAUUGGUCAAAAGUAGUGCUCUGCACUAUAAAGGGAAUAGACUACCAUGCUUUACAUAUCAUGAAAUAAUGCUUCAUUGCACCUAAACUUACCAUUGUGUUACUUGUUUGAUGUGACCUCUUAUUGAGCUUGAUGUUUUGCUCUCUCUCUGUCUAUGCAGCAUUGAAUUUGACCGAGACGGUGAUUACUUUGCUAUCGCUGGCGUCACCAAGAAAAUCAAGGUGUUUGAAUAUGGAACUGUGAUCCAGGAUGCUGUGGACAUUCAUUACCCAGUCAAUGAAAUGACGUGCAACUCCAAAAUCAGGUGCCCUUUCACCCUGUCUUAACGUUGAGUCACCCACUUUGUAUUACAAUAGAAACUAUACACUUUUAACAAUUUGGGAUUUUGUUUUAAAUGCCGGCAUAGAUUUAUGUAUAUGUUUUCUAUAUCUAGCAUAUUCAUUAAUCCUCAUAGAAUCAUGGAAGAACAGGUCUCGGCUCUUACAUCCCCAUGUGUUUUGUAUUUCAGCUGUAUCAGCUGGAGCAGCUACCACAAGAAUCUGUUGGCUAGCAGCGACUACGAGGGAACA